CCUCCAAUUUUCGCCGGAGACACUUCAUCAGACGGAGGAGCACGGCUGAGAGCGGCGGAAGCUGCAAAUCUCAUUUCCAAUGACCGCUAUACUCUGUACACUUCUUCUCCUCAUUUUCUCAAAAUCAUUCAUCGGAACUUUCAGUCUCGGAGUCGGAAUCAAUUACGGACAAAUCGCGAACAAUCUCCCAUCUCCUUCACGAGUCUCCAUCCUCCUCGGAUCUUUAAACAUCAGCAGAGUAAAACUAUACGAUGCUGACCCAAAUGUUCUAACAGCAUUCGCGAACACAAACAUCGAAUUCAUCAUAGGUUUAGGCAACGAGUAUCUUCAAAAAAUGCAAGAUCCACAACAAGCCCAAAUCUGGAUUCAACAAAAGGUACAACCCUACAUUUCACAAACCAAAAUCACAUGUAUCACAGUCGGAAACGAAGUCUUAGGAGGCUCAGAUCCUCAAUUACCAUUCUAUCUUCUCCCCGCCAUGAAAGCCAUGUAUCAAGCUUUAGUCAACUUAGGUCUAAGCUCUCAAGUCUACGUCACCACAGCUCAUUCUCUCCAAAUCUUGAAAACAUCAUUCCCCCCUUCAAAUGGCGCAUUUCGCGAUGAAUAUGUCCAAUACAUUCAACCGAUUUUAAGCUUCCAUGCACAGAGUAACUCGCCAUUUUUGAUCAAUGCGUAUCCUUACUUCGCUUACAAAAACGACCCGAAAAACGUUCCGAUUGAAUACUUGCUUUUUGAGCCGAAUUCUGGAACUGUAGAUCCGAAUACGAAUUUGAAAUAUGAUAACAUGUUGUAUGCUCAAAUCGAUGCGGUUUAUGCGGGGAUGAAAUCAUUGGGUCAUAGUGAUGUUCAAGUAAGGAUUUCUGAAACUGGGUGGCCUUCAAGAGGUGAUGAUGAUGAACCAGGGGCAACAGUUGGAAAUGCGGGAAUUUAUAAUAGAAAUUUGUUGCAAAGAAUGCAAGAGGGACAAGGGACACCUGCCCACCCUUCACAAAAGAUUGAUAUUUACGUUUUUGCCCUUUUCAAUGAGAAUAUGAAACCCGGUCCAACUUCUGAGAGGAACUAUGGAUUGUAUUAUCCGGAUGGUAGUCCGGUUUAUAAUCUUGGUGUUCAAGGGUAUCUUCCGCGUAUGGAUUAUUCGUCUUCGGGGGAAAAUGGGUUUUGUGUCUUUAGAAAGGUGAAAAUUCCAUCAAAAGGGUUGUCAUAUAAAGGAGAAGCUAUGAUUGGAUAAAUUUAUCACUUAUGUCAUCAUCUAACACCGAAGACGACCAAGAUCCACAAUGCCAAUGCUUUAGUGGUCGAUGUUACAAAAUAGUAAUUUACCAAAAUGUAUUUAGCAAUUUCUGUAAAAUACAUAGGAAAUUUAUCAAAAAUAUUUAUUAACAAUAAAAUUUACAUUUUUAAGGAAAUAGGAAUUCCUUCUCUCUUUUUCUUUUUCCAAAUAUUUGUGCUC